AUGGCUGCCGCUGAGGGGGACAGCUUUGGGUGGGCCUUGGUCUUCACACCCUCCGUGGCCUCGGUGGCCCGUUACUUCAAGAAGCGCCGGACGUUCGCCACAGGCUUGGCCUUCACGGGCGUGGGCCUGUCCUCCUUCGCCUUCUCCCCGCUCUUCCAGUUCCUGGUGGACACCUACGCCUGGAGAGGGGCUCUCCUGGUGGUGGCCGGCAUGUCCUUCAACCUGGUGGUGUGCGGAGCCCUCAUCCGCCCCCUGACCCUCAAGGAGGACCUGGCCAGCCCUGGGGACCCCGGCGGGAGCUGCCUGGGGAAGCUUUCCACCCUCUUUGGCUUGCCUUUGCUCUCCCACUGGCCCUUCAUGAGAUUUGUGCUAGCCGUGACCUUGAUCAACACCGGCUACUUCAUUCCCUACGUCCACUUGGUGGCCCGAGCCCGGGAGCUGGGCUUCGACGAGUACCAGGCCGCCUUCCUCAUGUCCGUGGCGGCCAUGGCCGACCUGUGUGGCCGCCUCCUCUCGGGUUGGCUGGCCGACUGCCGGGCUUUCCGCCUCAGCCACAUCUUGGUGGCCUGGACCUCCCUGACUGGCAUCUCCUUGGCGCUGGUGCCUCUGGGGCGCGGCUACCCGUUGUUGAUGGCCAUCGGCGUCUGCUACGGGUUCUUCUCCGGGGCGCUCACCCCCGUGGUCUUUUCCAUCCUGCCGGAAAUUGUGGGCAUCGGGCGGAUUUUCGGCUCGAUGGGGCUGCUGCAGAUGAUGGAGAGCAUCGGCGGGCUUCUGGGAGCGCCAUUCUCUGGUUGGUUGCGGGACAUGACUGGGAACUACACGGCUUCUUUCUUGGCAGCUGGGGCUUUCCUCUUGGCUGGGAGCCUGGUUUUGGUCACUCUGCCCAACUUCUUCUCCUGUCUGGGCUCCUCCUCUCCUGCCUGCCGGGCCACCCAGGUGGAGGCCGGGGCAGAGCCAGCCCCAUUGACACCGGCCUCUGGGGAACAUUCCUCCCAGGACAGAGACUGGUCGGCCAGAAGCCAAGAUCUCAGGGAGCCGGUGUGACUGCAAGGGGGUGCUGGGACCAUCACCAGGUUCUGGAAGGGUUAAUGUGGUAAAUUCCAGCCUGGUGAGGGGUCUCUCUCUAGAAGGGUGCUCCUUCGCAGAAAUAAG